AUGGCGUCCUCCGAACAGCAGCUGAAACACAUCACGAAAGCUUCAGGGGACAAUGUACAAAGGCUUGCACUAGUGGUCAAUGGCGGAGUAGGGCCGGUCACACUGGCUCGCCCGCAAGGAGCGAGGAGACCUCUGCCGCAACUUCCGAUCGAGGUGUGGGAGAACGUGAUCAAUCAUCUGUGGGAUGCCCAGCGGACUUUGAGGCGGUGCACCAUUAAUGUCUGCCGAGCAUGGUACCCUCCCAGUCGCUUCCACUUGCGCGUGCAGAUCAAGAUCAAGAGUGUUGAGGAUGUGAAGGCGUAUGCAAAGAUGCUGAAGCAGACGCCGAAGUGGUCGGGGCGGGCGCACGAUAUGACUAUGAUCAUUACCAACAAUUGA